GACAUCAGUAGCAACAAAAAUUCCAUUUGGAGUACAAUAACCAUCCAGAAAUGUCAUUUAUUCUCCACUUCCUGCUCGGCUGCUGUCUGCUCGCCUCGGCCAGGGCCACGUGCAACGUCUGCAAUGCUGUCAACAACCUGACCUGCUACUCCCUCAACCAGACACAGGCCUGUGAUGCGAAUAAUUUGCCCACCGGCUUGCCAUUCAGCUGCCCCACCGAUUAUGUGUGUGUUAGCGGGGCCAACGGAGUGAUCUGCGAGCCAGAGGCCAGUGCGGCCAGCCAGGCGGACUGCCAGGAGUGCAACAUGUGCGACACAACCAACACCUUUGCCUGUACAGGCACCAGCAGCUUUGCCCUCUGCCUGGGCACCGACACGUUGCAGGAUUCAGUCGGAACCUGUGCCGACGGCUAUGUGUGUAAUAUCAAUGCCACACAGAUAUGUGAUCUGCCCGCGGAUGGGAUAAUGCCCACGUGUUCAUAUGCCGAUGAUUCAACUGACAGCAGCACCACCAGUCCUCCUCCAACGACGACGGCACCUUCCACCAGCAACCCAACUACAUAUUGUGCCGCCGUGCAGGCCGAGGGAAGGUUUUCAGUAGGCACUGAUGCCUACACGACCUGUCGCCAGUAUAUCUUGUGCAGCUUGGUCAGCGGCAGUUGGGAGGGUCAGACCUAUACAUGCCCGGGCAGUUUGUACUUCAGCAGCGCUACCAACCUGUGUGUCGCCGCAAUGCCGUCGACCUGCUCGACCAGCGUCAGCUCCACAACCUCAACGACAGCGGCCCCAACAACGAGCAAUCCUGCUGCCUAUUGUGCGGCCAUGAUGUCGCAGGGAUACUAUCCCGUGGGCACAGAUCCCAGUACCACAUGCCAUCAGUAUAUCUACUGCUUUCUGCUGAGUGGCACCUGGAGUGGAGAGAUGUACACCUGUCCGGGCAGUCUGUACUACAACAGUUCCAGCAAGAUCUGUGCGAGUGCCCUGCCCUCGACCUGCUCCGCCACAGUAGCUAGCCUGACCCUCAAUGGCGUGGCUUUAGAGUAAGUACAGGCUACACAGAGGAUAUUUGAUAGUUUAUUAAAGACAAGUAGCAGGCUUCAUGUAUGAGCACUUCUGCAUCUCUGCUUCGAAAUAGGAGUCCGUCGGGCAAUCGUAUUCCUUGGCUUGAACAACAAUGCUAUUUUUAAUGUAGCAACUGAUGUAGCUAUAAAUAUAAGAUUAACAAUUAAAAAUACGUGUGGAAAAUAUUA